GAGGUCCAGUUUGUGUUAUGAACAAAUGCAACAACGAGAGGUUUGGCUUUCAAUUAUACAAUGAAGCAGAUGAACACAGGCCACACAGAGGAAUGAAACACCAGCGUGAAGAUUAACACCACAUUUCUCAGACCAGAAUCAGGAGUCAGCUUCUUGAUAUUCAGGUACCACCACUUCGAAAGGCACCUGUUGAGGCUGGACAGGAGUUUCCUCUCAGACUCCAGAGGACUCGACCCAUCAUCGCUCUGACUUGCACUGACAAGCAGCCAUGAGCUCCUUUGUGUGGGGCUGCGUCACUGACUUCUUCACCUACGAGACCACCAAGUCUGUGGUGGUGAAGAGCUGGUCUGUGGGCAUCAUCAACCGGAUUGUACAGCUACUCAUCAUCGCAUAUUUUGUCGGAUGGGUCUUUAUCCACGAGAAAGCUUAUCAGGUGACCGACACCGGCAUCGAGUCCUCUGUGAUGACCAAAGUUAAAGGCUUUGGUUACCAUCAAAACCGCAUUAUGGACGUGGCUGACUACGUCUACCCCCCACAGGGUGCUGGUGUGUUCUGCAUCAUGACCAAACUCAUCAUCACCGAAAAUCAGUUCCAAGGAAAAUGUGCAGAGUCUGUUGAUAUGUUUAGUUGUGAAACAGAUGAAGACUGCCACAAGCAUUUUGGAGCCAUCCUUUCCAACGGUGCAAUAACAGGUGUCUGUCUUAAAUCUUACAAUGACACGGAGGGUCAGUGUGAGAUUAAAGGAUGGUGUCCAACUGAGAACAACAAUUACAAGAUAAAGCCGAUGCUGGAUGUGGACAACUUCACCAUCUUCAUCAAAAACAGUAUUCGUUUUCCACUCUUCAACGUCACCAGAGGGAACUUUCCCACCACAAUGACGUCCUCAGAGAUCAAGAGAUGUACCUACCAUCCGAAGAAGAACCCCUUCUGCCCCAUCUUUCGUGUGGGGGACGUGCUGAGCUACACCGGGCAGAAUGUGGCUGGCCUGGCAGACAAGGGUGGAGAAAUAGGAAUAAACAUCGGGUGGAAUUGUAACCUGGACCUGAACAUUGAAAAAUGUGUACCCAAGUACUCUUUCACGCGACUUGAUGCACCGUUUGCCAAGAAUGCCGUCUCCAAAGGCUACAACUUCAGAUUUGCCAAAUAUUUCAAGACAGAGAAUGGGACUGAGUUUCGGACCCUCCACAAAGCAUUUGCAAUCCGCUUUGAUGUUAUGGUCACUGGCAAUGCAGGAAAGUUUGACACAAUCCCGACACUGAUCAACUUGGUAGCUGCAUUCACCUCUGUUGGACUGGGCACGGUCCUCUGUGACGUUAUCCUACUGAACUUCUUGAAAGGGGCAGAUCAGUACAAAGCCAAGAAGUUUGAAGAGGUGUCAGAGGCUCAGAUAGAAGCAUCGCUUGCUCAGAGCCCAGGCAGCCAGCUGUCACUCAAACCAGGUAUCAAGAGUUCGUACGACUCUGGAGCCAUUUCCCUCGCUACCUCUGACCAACAAAUGUGACUGACGACAAAAACAACCAGAAGAACUGGACAAUCCUCUUUCUCUUAUUGCCACUCUAGAGAUUCAUUAGGUGUUUUUUUUUAGAUUGGUAAUUAGCCAUCUUCACAAUUUCACAACUAGAAGUGAGUCAGAGGAAAAGAACUGUGGCCUUAUAUGUCAUAACAAUAACUAGCAAACCAGAGCCUCCUUGUUAGGAAUAUUUUCUCUAAAUAAGGAUCAACUCUUCACCAUUUAAAUAAAGCUACAGCCAUUAAACUCAGAGGGAAACAUCGAGUAGUAAAAACAUUAUUUUAUUUAUCAUUGUACGAGACUUUUUACAGUGUCAAUAAACUGCAACUUUCUCUUUGUCAGCCAAAAAAAAUAUUAAAGCUAAAUAAAUGCCCCUUGUGCUUUACAGUUAGCUUCGCUCAAACAAACCAAAAAUUAAAAAAAACAACAAAACAAAAAAAUACAAUGCUGAUAAUAAAAGCAUUUGUGUAACAUUUUGGAGUAUUUCACUUUAUUGUCUGACCUUCUUCUCCGCCCUGCCUGCAUAAAUAAAAGCACUAAAGAAUC